AUGGGGAAGAAGCGGAAUUUUAAAAAGAAGGGUGGCUCCAAGGGAGGUUCCCGCAGCACUCGACCAGCAAACUAUUCUACGAUUUUGGUUCGGGAGAAUGAGAACUAUGAGAAAUAUUAUAAUUCGCUCCAGAUAGUCCCGGAAGAUGAGAAACAACAAUUCUGGGAUGCUAUGCGGCGUGAUUUGCCUAAUAGUUUCCGCUUCACCGGGUCUAGAAGUCAUGCUCUAGCUCUACAGAAGCAAUUGAAGGACUUCUACAUCCCUAAUAUUACCUCAAUUCGAUAUGAGGGUGAAUUAGUCGAGCCUCCUCGACCAGUGCCAUGGUAUCCCGAGCAGCUGGCAUGGUCAAUGACGACCCCGAAAAGCGUUGUCCGCCGCUUCGCACCCUUUUCAUCGUUUCAGAAGUUUCUCGUCUCGGAGACAGAGGUUGGUAACAUCAGUCGGCAAGAAGUCGUGAGCAUGAUUCCGCCACUUCUUUUGGAUGUGCGGCCUGGCAUGGUGGUGCUGGACAUGUGUGCUGCACCAGGUAGCAAGUCUGCGCAAUUGAUGGAGAUGAUACACGCGGGCGAGGAAGAGCGGAUGGCGAAGAUUGCGCAGAAGUUAGAAAACACAGAUGAUGCUACGAGGCAGAAUGGUGGGGUGAAGGUUGCAGAUCUCUUGAACGGGGAGCCUGAAGUUGCGGAGGCUGAUGCGGUAGAGGACGAUGGCAGAUCAACGGGAUUGUUGAUUGCGAAUGAUAGCGAUUAUAAACGAGCGCAUUUGUUGAUUCAUCAGAUGAAGCGUCUGAAUUCGCCGAACUUGCUCGUCACGAACCAUGAUGCGACUGUCUACCCUUCCAUCAGGCUACCUCCUUUGACGUCCGCCGAUGGCCGAACUACGAAAAACCGAUACCUCAAGUUCGACCGUAUCUUAGCUGAUGUGCCUUGUUCUGGAGAUGGGACGACGAGAAAGAACGUUAAUCUUUGGAAUGAUUGGAAUCCAGCAAAUGCCAUUGGGUUGUUUGCUACGCAAGCGCGCAUCCUAUUCCGAGCACUGCAGAUGCUUAAGGUUGGCGGUCGUGUGGUGUAUUCUACAUGCAGCAUGAAUCCUAUCGAGAACGAAGCUGUCAUCGCCCAUGUCAUUGAUCGAUGCGGUGGAUCCAGCAGCGUUGAGAUUAUUAACUGUGAAAAUGAGCUCCCCGAUUUGAAGAGACGACCCGGUUUGACGACAUGGACGAUCAUGGAUAAGACUGGCCGGAUAUAUGAGAACUGGGGAGAAGCUGAGGAGGAAGUCCGAAAGCUCAACCCUGCGGCCAACCGGCUUGUCGAGGGCAUGUUCCCGCCCUCCAAGGACGCGGAAGCUGUUGACCUGACACGGUGCAUGCGUGUGUACCCACAUAUGCAAGAUACCGGCGGCUUCUUCAUUACUGUUCUUGAAAAGAAGCGUGAGAUCAAGGCGAAGCCGGACUCUACGAAGGCAGCUACAGCUACUCCCCAGAUUUCCACCCCUACUGCGUUGUCUGAGCCAGACCCAGCGGAAAAGAAUGGCAAAGCUGAACCAAGAGCACCAGCAAACCAGCUAACCGCCGAAAGUGGACAAGAAGCUGCCACAUCUACACUCAAGAGAGGCCCAGAGCACCUCGAUGAGCCGGAAGCCAAAAGGCCGAAGGUGGUCGAGGACACCCAGCAGGAAGUAGACAAGGCCCCAGAAGCUAAAGAACCAACAGAAGCACCACCAACAUCAACAUCAACAGCCGUAGCACCACCUAAACCUAAGCGCAGACAGCAAAAUUCCUUCGAGGAGCCCUUUAAAUACCUCGACUCCAACCGCGAGGACCUCGAUGCCAUCUUCGACUACUUCAGGCUCGCUCCCCAGUUCCCUCGCGACCGCUUCAUGGUCCGCAACGCUGAGGGCCGCCCUGCCAAAACCAUAUACUACACCACAGUGCUAUCCAGGGAGAUCCUUACAGAGAAUGAAAGCACAGGGAUAAAGUUCGUGCACUGCGGCGUCAAGAUGUUUGUCAAGCAGGACGUACAGAAGCCGGAUGUUUGUCCAUGGAGAAUCCAGAUGGAGGGUCUGCCUGUUAUAGAGUCAUGGGUGGGCAUGGACCGGGUAGUGAAGAUGUAUACGAAAUCGACACUCAGGAAACUCCUGGUGGAGAUGUUUCCCAAGGUAAACGAUGGAGCAUGGAAGGAGCUGGGAGAGAUUGGGGAGAGAGUCAGGGACAUGGAGAUGGGAUGCUGCAUUCUACGAUUGGAGACGAGUGAUAAGGAGGAUGGAUUCCGAGAACGCAUGGUAUUCCCGCUCUGGCGCAGUGCCUACUCGGUGAACCUCAUGCUGCCCAAGGAGGAACGCCGAGCAGUUCUUCUCCGACUAUUUGACGAUGACACGCCGCUAGUCAACUCGACGCAGAAGAGAGAAGCUGCAGCCAAAGCCAAGGAGGAGAUCAACGUUGCCGACUACGACUCGGAGCCAGAAGCCAAUGGCAACGCCAACGGCAACGACGAGACAGAAGAUAUUGAAGCUGAGGCUGAGGCUGAGGCGGAUACUGCAGUCGACACUGCCGGUGAAGAUGCCGGUGAAGACCCAAGAAUAAUAGAAGAAGAAGAAGAAGAAGAAGAAGAGGAAGUUGAUAAUGGGCAGUUAUUUCAACCUGAGAGUCGAUAUAUCUGGUUACAUGGACAUCAGAGUGCUCUAGACUUGAGCACUGCAGGACAGUUGCCCGUCCGCGCCUUCACGAUGGCACCUCUACAAGAUCUAUACGCCCUCCUCCAGAGAAGCUCGGUGAACGACAACAAUGAGCCAUCAUCUUCACUCACCUCGACCUUCACUCGUAUCGGAGUCGACAAGUCGCUGAGCUCUCGAGCUCUACAGCCCGUGAGCAAACGAUACCAGAUGAUAAACAUUCCAGCAAUAUACACUGGCCCACACACCUCCCCGCCCAUCGUUGUGGCCAUCGUCCUUGGGACGGUCAUAGGCUUCGUCGCGGUGGCCUACCUCGUCUACACCCUGGUCAACAAGCCCAAGGACAUCAUGUCAGCAUCCUCGGUGGUGUCCGAUGAGUUCCGGCGGCCAAAACGCAGACCACCACCGCGCCGAAGACCAACGAAGCCAGGCCCCAGAAAGAAGCCGAUAAUCGUCGACGAGGAUAUAGUGGACGAGCCAGAGCCAGACUUUGUCGACGUUCAGGACACCAGCGAGAUGCACGGCAGGUAUGAAGGGACGGAGUCGAUCCAAAGCCCGUACUCGGAGGAGUCAUCGGAGGCACACUACCACCACCACGGACGAUCGAGACACUCGCCGGAGAUGGCUGAGUCGUUUUAUGACCCGCACAGCAGUCGGGGGGGCAGACGAGGAAGAUGA